AUGUUGCAGAGUAAAAUUCAACGAAAAAAACGUACCACAAUAUCAACAAUGUCAACUAGAAAUUUCAAAAGAUUAGUUUCGACGGAAAUCAGUCGUUCAAAUCCUCAUAGGACAUCAAAUUUAACAAUCAAUACAGCUUGGCCAAGUGAAUCUUCUACCUUCAACACAAAACAUUUACCGGUAAUGACUGAUUUGAAAAAAAACUGUCUAUUAAACAGUAGUAAUAAUAAUUUGAAUGAUAAAUGUAAUACUGUUAUACCGCCCACGCCAUCCAAUUUAAUAAAUCAAUCGACAAAUAAUAUUUAUGUGAACAAAGAAAUUUGUUUCCAACCAAAUGACUUACCACCAAAGUUAUAUUCUGCAGAUUCAUUUAGAGAUAAUUUACUGUUAAGUACUAUGGAUACUGGAAUCGUUAAACCACCUGCAACUCUCAAUCAAAAAUUGUGUAAGCUUUCUAUGGAUUACAAUAUCUCUCAUAACGCAAUGAAUGAAAUUCUUUCAUUAUUUAGAUCUGAGGGUCAUAGUAAUGUUCCAAAAGAUGUUAGAACGCUUCUAAAAACUCCAACAACCCACGAUAUAAUUAAUAUAAAACCUGGUUUCUACAUUCAUAUCGGAAUAGAAUUUAUGUUACGUCCAGUAUUAAAAAUGUAUGAACAUUAUUUCAAUGCUAAUUUAAAUAAUAUAAAACUUGGUUUUAAUAUUGACGGAUUGCCUAUAUCUAAAUGUUCAAAGAGUGCUUUUUGGCCUAUUUUAAUGUCUAUUACAAAUAUACCAAUUUUAAUUAAUAAAGUAUUCACUGUUGGAAUUUAUCAUAGUGACUCAAAAAAACCUUAUGAUGUCACAGAGUUUUUAAAUCCUUUUAUUGAAGAAAUGUUAAUUAUUUUACAAAAUGGCAUUAUUAUCGAUAAAAACAUUUUUAGAUUUUCAAUUAGUCAAAUAAUAUGCGAUGCACCGGCUAAGGCCUAUAUUCUUAAUGUAAAAGGUCACAUGGCUUAUUUUGGGUGCAAUAUAUGUAUUGAGGAAGGUGAUUUUAUUAAGGGAAUGACAUUUCCUGGUGUAAAUGCUCCACGGAGGACAAACGAAAGUUUUCGUAGUAAGACCAAUGAGGAUUACCAUAAAGGACCAUCUCCCCUAGAACGUCUACCUAUUGACAUAAUUUCUGUGGUUAGUCUUGACUAUAUGCAUGUGGUAUGUCUUGGUGUAGUUAAAAGGUUGAUAAAGUUUUGGGUAAAUGCAAAAAAAAUGGUGAGAAUUCCUGAAGAAAAAUUAAAUUUAUUAGAUAUGAAUAUAGAAAACGUAAGAAAAUAUUAUCCAUCAGAUUUUUCUAGAUUACCUAGAUCUUUUCAAGAAUUUGAAAACUUUAAGGCCACAGAGCUUCGUGCUCUACUUCUUUAUACUGGGCCAUUUCUCUUGAAAGGUAUUUUUAAAAAAAACCAGUAUAAUCAUUUUAUGCUAUUGCAUAGUUCAAUACGCUUAUUGGUGGCUCAGGAGACUCAUAUACUAUAUAAUGAUGAGGCUACAUCUCUAAUAAAACAAUUUAUUAGUGAUUAUAUCAUAAUUUAUGGUCCAGAGUAUAUAUCAUACAAUGUGCAUAAUUUAAUACAUUUGCCAGAGUGUGCUAAAAUUCAUGGGCCUCUGGAUAAGUUUAGUGUUUUUAAAUAUGAAAACCACCUGCAGGAAAUAAAAAAAAAAAAUAAAAAAACAAGAUUCCCAUUACAAGAAGCAUAUAAUAGGAUAAUUGAAAAACACCAUCUAUCAAGUAAUUGCAGUGCAUUUGGUAUUGAUACAUCUUCUGCAGUAUCCCCGGUUUUUAAAUAUGAAAUUUAUUAUGAUGUUUAUAAGCAAUCUAUAAUCAAUCCCACAGUAAAAAUGUUUAAACAAUUGAGUAUUAAUAAUUUUUUACUUAAUUCUGAUAAAAUUAAAGAUCAAUAUGUAAUGAUAUCUGGUAAUAAAAUUGCUAGGAUAUUACAAAUUAUUAAAAAUGAAGAUAAUAGUAUUACAUUGAAUGUUUGUAUAUUUAACAACAUGUCACUUUUUUAUAAUGACCCAUUACCAUCAAAUGUUUUAGGUUUAUUUUAUGUGAAUACAUCAAGUGUAUCAAGAAAUAUCUAUAUACCCUUUUCUUCCGUUCUUUAUAAAUGUUUUUUUAUAAAAAUAUCAGAAAAUAAAGCAAUAAUUAUGUCAAUGAUACAUUCACAUUCAUCGGAGCAUUCAUCAGAACUAUAA